GGCUGCCUGGUGCCAUUGGGGUUGGGGUUGUGGAGGGAGGUGCCAUGGCUUGGGAAGGCUCUGGGGACUGUCACUACCCAGCACAAAGGGACGCUGGUGGAGGACAGGGAUCCAAAGAGGGAGACAUCAAAAGAUGGGAAUCAUCCCCUCAGUGCCUGUGGGGCCAGGCAGAAUCUGGCUGUCCUGGCUGUGCCUCUUGCAAACCACAUUUCCCAUCCCACCAUCCCCUUCCAGUUUGUGGUGGAUCAUCUUCCUCCUCCCAGCUGGGGCAGGGGCACCUUGCCAGCAAGGGGAUGUUUCACCUGGAGGCUUGUAGCGGUGCCCAGUUUAGCACAAGGAUGCUCCAGCACUCACUGGGCUGGGUGGGGCCAUCACUCCCUCGGUGGAGUGCGGGAGAAAGGGAAAGCAAGGAGCCCUGGGUCGGCCAGGAAGGAAAGGCUGCAGCCCCGACGGUUGGUGCCGUUGUGUGAGCUGGGACAGGAGGUCACUGGCCAGCCCACAGGAAGGCGUGAGGGGCUCCCGUGACGGAAAUGAAGAACGGCUCUUGCCUCAGAAGUGGCCACAAGCCCUGGGGGAACCUGGGGAGGAGCAGAGCUGCUGGGACAAGGGGAGCAGAGCCUGGUGGGAUGGCCAGGGGCAGCCAGGAGGCCCCACAAAGUGGCAUGAACUGGUUCCUGGGCACUGUCCUGCUGCUCCUGCUGCUGCCUGAUGUUGCCGCAGGACAGGACAGCUGCUCCGACCUUCAUCGGGGUGACCAGCACCGGGAGUGCUGCAGCGUGGCGCUGGAGCAGCAGAGCCCAGGCAGCAGCACCCGUGUGCUCCGCUUGUCCCAGCACUGCCCGGAGCUGUGGCGCUCGCAGAGCCGCGCCUGCGCCUGCCUCAGGGAGCGCUGGCUCAGGCUGCUGCAGUCGGGGCGGCACGGCUGGCUGGCGGGGCUCAAGGCGCUGAUCCUCAAUGUCAGCAGGGCUGUCACCCGUGAUGUCCUCGUCACCUUCUCCCCCACAGAGGGCCCCAGCAGGCUGAACAGCACAGAGAAAGGGAAGGCAGGUAAAAUCCACCUCCCCAGGGAGAUAUUCCGGUCCCUGAGCAGCCAAACAGUGCGCGUGGUGGUGACAGUCCUCAACAUCCAGCAGCUUGGCAUCUUCAAGGUACAGGCUGGCAUUGCCAGCGUCCCCCAGCCCCUGCUGGCCACCAGCUCAGCUCUGGCAGCGUGUCCCCUCCACAGGAGGUCAACCAGACAGCGCAGGUCUUGGACAACACCGUGGUGGGCAUCGCAGUGGGAGAGAGCAGCAUCUCGGGGCUGCAGGACCCCGUGCAGCUCACCUUCACCCACACGGAGCUGCCCCAGGGUGUCACCCCUCAAUGCGUCUUCUGGGAUCCCAGCAGAGGUGGGCGCUGCUCGGGCAGGUGCGGGGCGGGGCAGGGGCGCUGAACGGCGCUCACAGCGCUCCCCCGUGCCUGUUGCAGGGCAGGCAGGAGGCUGGAGCGGCAGCGGAUGUGUCACACAGCCUGGGGACGAGGGGACAGUCUGCUCCUGUGACCAUCUCACCUUCUUCACCCUCCUUCUGAACCCAGCUCUGGAUGGCUCCACAGCAAAAGCUGUGAUGGCUGUUGCCACCGCUGGCUGUGGGGUUGCCGUGGCUUUCUCCAUCUUCACCAUGGCCUUCUGCAUCUUCAUAAGGUGCAGGUUCAGGUUUGAGGACACCGUCCGCACCAACCUGGGGCUGCACCUCAACCUCGUGGGCAGCCUGCUCCUGCUCAACCUGGCCUUCCUGCUCAACAGUGGGCUCUCUGGCAGGACCCACCCCAGCACCUGCGGGGUCCUGGGGGGGCUCACCCACUACUGCCUGCUCUGCUGCUUCACCUGGACGGCGCUGGAGGGCUGUCAGCUCUACCUGCUCUUUGUCAAGGUGCUCGGCAUCUACAUCCACCACUACCUGGCAAAGCUGUGCCUGGUUGGCUGGGGCUUCCCUGCUCUCGUGGUGGGAGUGGCAGGAGCUAUUGGCAGCUAUGGAGAGUACAGCAUCCAGACCAUGGACCAGCAGGUCAUAGCCCACCUGUGCUGGAUCACUUCCAAACAUCUUCUGGUCCACUACAUCACCAACUGUGGCUACUUUGGCCUCAUCUUCCUCUUCAACAUGGCUGUCUUCGGGGUGGCAGCCCAGAAGAGCUGCAGCUUGCAGGGCACUGGGGCAGUGCAGGGAAACCGUAAGCCCUGGAAGGUGGCUCUGGUGGCAGCAGGGCUCUUCUGCCUGCUGGGAGCCACUUGGGCCCUGGCAUUCCUCACCUAUGGCAUCUCCUCUGCAGCUGUGCUCUACCUCUUCACCGUCCUCAACUCUCUCCAAGGAAUCUUCAUAUUCAUCUGGCUGGUCGUCCUCUACUACCCAAAGACAAAGGAGACCACUGGUUCCCUCUCCUACAUCAUCAGACAUGACAAAACCACCACAGCCUCCCAGGACUAGCUCCUGGUGGAACUCUCUCCCUGCCUGCACCUGCAGCCACUGAGAGUGAUCCUGGCAGAUGCAGCUUCCUCACAGAGGGAGGGAUCAGCUAGCAGUGCCUCAGUUUACCCUUCAGUGGGCAUGAUCCACCUCAGCAGGGCUCUUUGCUUUGUCCCUUUCAUUCCUGGUGGGCUGCCCUGGGCAAGGAGCUCCAGAGAUGGUGAUUCUGCAAAGUCCCUCCAGGCUGCAGCUCCAUGGUCUUGAGGUGGCCCUGAUCUCAUUCCCCAGGGGAAAAGGAGGAAGCCCACAAAGCACCUGCCUUCAGCCACGAUGGAGCCAUCACCCUCUUUGCUAGAGAUGGCUUUUGGUGCUGAACCAGGCCAGCAGUGAGUUUCCUGCCACUGGAGGGAGAGGAUUGACUUGCUGCAGCCCACAUGUGGGAGGUUUGCAUCUGGGAAUCAGCAAAAAGAAGAGGAUACCCAUGAGCUUCUUUGCAAAACAUCUCCUUGCUCUCUGGCAGAGAUCUACUGCAUGUCCUUCCUGCCAAACAGCCUCUGGGGCCAGCAGCAAUUCCCUCAUGGACAUGGUGCUCUAGCCAAAAUGCACAUACAGCUGCCUUGCAGGGCAACUGCUGUCUUCUGAUCUGUGUUCUGGUAUUAAAUCCCUGCCAGCUGUCUGAGCACUGUGAAUUUACUCUUUAAUACCUACAUUAUUGUUUGUUAUU